UUACCCUGAGCGCUUCCCGGGAGCGCGCAGAGCGCGUUCAGAGCAGCGCUCAGAGCAGAGAGAGAUGGAGCUGGAGAGCAGGAGGAACCUGAGGGAGAAAUGCGCCCUCAAACAGGACAUCCUCAAAGAGUUCCUGGCCGAGAUCCUCGGAACCUUCGUGCUGAUACUCUUUGGCUGCGGCUCCGUGGCCCAGACUGUCCUGAGCCGAGGGACUCUGGGGGAACCACUUACCAUCCACAUCGGCUUCACCACCGGAGUGAUGCUGGCCGUCUACAUGGCCGGAGGCGUGUCAGGAGGGCAUGUUAACCCGGCUGUAUCACUGGCUAUGGUGGUCCUGGGGAAGCUAUCGCUGAAGAAAUUCCCAGUGUAUGUGGCUGCACAGUUUAUCGGAGCUUUUGCUGGAUCCUGUGCUGUCUUUGGGCUUUACUAUGAUGCCUUGAUGGACUACACGAAUGGAGCGCUGCUGGUAACAGGUGAAAACGCCACAGCAAAUAUAUUUGCCUCCUAUCCAGGAAAACACCUCUCAGUACUAAAUGGAUUUAUUGAUCAGGUGAUCGGCACAGGGGCGCUGGUGCUGUGCAUUCUGGCCAUAGUGGACAGGAAGAACAUGGGUGCUCCUAAGGGGAUGGAACCGCUGAUCAUUGGUCUGACCAUCCUGGCCAUCGGAGUGUCCAUGGGGCUGAACUGCGGAUAUCCUAUUAACCCUGCACGAGACCUGGGCCCCAGGCUCUUCACAGCCGUGGCGGGCUGGGGGAUGGAUGUGUUCAGGGCGGGGGGCUGCUGGUGGUGGAUCCCAGUGGCCGGGCCGAUGGUUGGCGGAGUGGUGGGAGCUGUGAUUUACUUCUUACUGAUCGAGUUGCACCAUCCGGAGCCUGAGAAAGAAAACGAGGAGGAGAACAAGGUCAAGGACAAAUACGAGAUGAUCACCAUGAGCUAAAGAGAAGAAGGGAAAACUAACAGGACGCGCUCUAUUCGUCUGCAACUGAAGCAGGCGCCAUUGUACAAACCUAUGUCUGUUUUCUCGUUCUCUCUUUUUCCUCUCUCUUCGGCCAGAAUGCACACAGGACUGUGUGUCAGUGCUUUUAAUACAUGUUACCUGUAAAGGAAUGCUCCAGCAUUUAUCAACCUAAACUGUAUCUGCCUCAUUGGUGACAUACAUUGUUUUUUUUAUUUUUAUGAAAUCCCAUUGAUUCCAAAAACACUCACAGUACUGUGCCAAAGUCAGAGACCAUGCUUGCCUUUCUUUAAUUUACAGUCUUACUAUUCAUUUUUCAGUUGAUGUUUCUGAGGAGAUUAGAUAAAAGAUAAUCCACUUAUAUAAGGAAGUAGAAAGUCUAAGGAAAAUAAGUGACAGAAAUAGGAGUUUCCAGAACUAGAGUUCAAAAAAUUAAAAGAUUCAGAAAAAUUGGGACUCCUGACAACCACCUGGAAGACCUGGUAGACACCAAAACUGCCCCCAUCAGAUAAGCAGCACUUAAAGCUUUCAUCUUUAGAGAGAGAGGAGAAAAUCAAGCUGCUUCAGAUCUGAAAACAUCCACAGGUGUUUCUGUCCAUCCUUCCACUGUGAGAAGACAACUCAGCACUAUGGGUCUGAAAGGAUAUGUAGCUGUCAAGAAGCCCUCAGUGAGAAAAGUUCAUAGACAAGAAGAAAAAUUGCACUAGACCACCAAAAUAUGUAGUAAGGUUUUAUGAACUGAUGAGAUCUAUAGAAGUAACAGGCUGUUUGUACACGGCCGAAGCAUUAAAAACUCUUCUAACCGCAUCAAGAACCACCAGUUACGAAAGAAUCAGUGUGUACAAGUUUGGGGAUGUAUAUCAACGUCUGGAGUUGGUGGAUUGCUUUUGAUGGAAGGCAUGCAGAUAAGUACAAACAGUUUCUAAUUGAAUUUCAAGAUAAGGACACCAAGGUCCACUGCUGGUGUUCUCAGAGUCCAGACCUCAACAUCACUAAACGUUACUUGGACCAUAAGAAGCAGAAAGUGCAACCAACUACUAAGACUGAACUUUGGAGGUGUGGAAAAAUAUCCCUGCACAUUUCUUUGAGAAACUGAAAGCAAGUCUCCUGCAAAGAAUGUAGGCUGUAAUAAAGGCAAAGAUUGGACAAACUAAAAACUGAAAAAUAUAUAUUUAGUUGUUUGCACAGUACUGUACUACAGUAACCAAUGGGCAGAUGCUGAAACACAGUCCCAUUGGCUUCUAUUAUAAGUAUGUUUUGAGUUUUUUUAAGUACUGUCAUGGAAAACACACUUAUGCUACAGAGGUAUGCUACAGAUGCAGCAUGUAGACAUUAGGUUGAAAAAUGUGGUAACACUUUAUUUGGAGUGGGUCCUUUGUAGAUGAUUAAUAAACUGUUAACAGAUUAUCAGUAACACAUCAACAACAUAUCAGUGAAGUAGCAGUAGUGAAGCGUCUGAAUACACUGAAGUAAAUAUCUUGUAGUUGUUCUGUUGAUACAUUACUUACAUUAAGUAGAUGUUGUUAAUAUGUUACUUCCAUUACUCAAAAUCUAACUUUACCAACCUUACACAAAACCUAACCCUAACCCUGGCCCUAAUCCUAACCCUAACCUUAACCUCAACCCAAAACCUAACCCUGGUCCUAAUCCUAACCCUAGCCUUAACCUCAACUCCUAAAAAUGAAAAUCUUAAUUUUUAUCUAAUUUAAUCCUAAUCCUAAUUAGACCCAAUCCUCAUGUUUUUGACAUGUUACUAAGAGUCCGUUGAGUGUUUGUUUCAUCUAAAAAGGACAACUCAAAAUAAAGUGUCCCAAAAAUCCUGGUUUAUUCCUUUAAGAAACAGAACAUUUGCUUUUUGCCCUGAAAGCAUAAAGCACUAUUUUCGCCAAGUGUACUGUUACCAUAGUAUAUAAUGAAUAGUAUGUAAAGCAUGAUUAGUCCUAUGAGCAGAUUUAUGAAGUUUGUAUUUGAGAAUUAGCACUUCUUACUCACUUCUUACUCACUUCUUACUCGUAUCUGUCUUUUUGUAUUUGUUUUAAAAACACAUGAAACAGAACUGGGGGAAUUCUUGUUCAGGAGUAGCAAAUCCAGAUGAAAUAGCAGUAUUUAGAGAAAUACUCACUCUCUGUGUCGAUAUAGAACAUUUAUUUUUCAAAAACUGCUACAGUAUAGAGCUCGUCUGUUAUGCAGCUUCCAUUAGGCAUGUCCAUUUUCCAUGACCGAAACAUGGAAAAAGGUUUGACCUCAUAGAAUAAAGUAACAAGGCAUCGCUAUGAUGGCAGCAGGACGUGUAUUAGGAUAUUUUUAGUCACUGUUGAAGUUAAUGGUGCUCUCUGUAUGGGGUGAGCCGUCCACUCUUGUCUGUGAAUCGUCAAUAAUUUAAAGCCAUAUGCACCUCAACUCCACUCACACUGAACAAGAGGUUCACAGACUGUUGGGUUUGGAUGCAUCAAUGCAUGUACCGCUCUUUUCCACUGGCUAUAUACUUAAAAAAGUGAUGCACUUGACUGACUUCAUUCAAAUGUGUACAAAUGUGUAAUAUAUAUUGUGUGGAAAUGAUGUACACGUCUUCAAUGAAGUAAAUUCAAUGCUGCAUGUUGUUUUUCACUGUUUUCUUAUCGAUUAAAAGGAACCGAAUGGGCGGGUUUGAGUGGAGUUAGCUGAUCUAAGGGCAAAGGGUGGGCAGCUUCCUAGGGAAUAUCAAGGCCAACAACCUGUAACAGGAAAACAAAUAUGGUGGACCUGCUGAAAAAUUAAGCUCUCAAAUAAACCUGAUGCACUACUGAUUGAGCUCUGAAGCAGAAAAUGACACUUCUGUAUUAUUUUAUUAUCAUUUUUACUAUUAUGUAUGAUUUGUAGGUGGCUAUGCACUGGAAAAUGUGCUAAUUUACAUGAUUCAAAUGUGCACGUGAAUAAAAUAUUUUACAAAA